AUGCUCGCGGCUGUAGAUCGGCGCUGCGUUAUGAAUCAUAUGACUGCAACAAUUCACAAACUUCCUGUUCCAGCACAACAGAGUGAAAGCAAGAAGAGAAGGAAGGACUAUUGCGUCCCGUCAAAGCAAAGGCACCGAGAAAAGCGUCUUGCUGACAAUGUGCAGAAGCUGCAGAGAAUGGAGGAGCUGACAGGAGACCGGAGAGUUGAGGACGAGAGGAGCUUGAUAAAGACGCCGUCUAAUGUCCAGGCCAACAACCAAGAACAUGACUCGCCCACGUCCACGCGUCAGAAGCGGUCAGUCCAGCACGGCUCUCCAUGUUUCGUCUACACCCUGGCAUUUUUCUCGGCUCUGGGUGGAUUCCUGUUUGGCUAUGACACAGGAGUGGUGUCUGGAGCCAUGCUCCUGCUCAAGAGGGAGAUGAACCUCAGCUCUCUGUGGCAGGAGCUGCUGGUCUCCAUCACUGUUGGCGCUGCAGCCGUUUCCUCUCUGGCUGGAGGGUAUCUCAACGGACUUUACGGCCGGAGAAUCUGUAUACUGCUCGCUAGCUUCAUCUUCUCUGCUGGAGGAAUUAUUCUGAGCGUCGCACCCAACAAAGAGGUUCUUCUGUGUGGGAGGCUUACGAUUGGGCUCGGGUUAGGAAUUGCUUCUAUGACCGUGCCUGUCUACAUCGCUGAGGUUUCACCUUCUGAACUCCGAGGUCAGCUGGUCACCAUUAACACCCUGUUCAUCACCGGUGGCCAGUUCAUAGCUAGCGUGGUGGAUGGGGUCUUUAGCUACCUGCCCCAUGACGGCUGGAGGUAUAUGUUGGGUUUGUCAGUUGUUCCUGCUGCGCUGCAGUUCCUGGGGUUCCUCUUCCUCCCGGAGAGUCCUCGCUGGCUCCUGCAGAAAGGAGAUACCCAGAAUGCUCGGCUGGUGCUCACUCGGAUCCGUGGCGGUGUGAAUGUGGAUGAAGAGUAUGAGAGCAUACGGAGCAGCAUUGAGGAGGAGAAGAUUGAUGCUGGUGAGGGUCCAGUGUUGUGGCGUAUCCUGACGUUCGCUCCAGCUCGGCGAGCUCUGAUCGUGGGUUGUGGCCUACAGAUGUUCCAGCAGCUCUCAGGAAUCAAUACAGUCAUGUACUACAGCGCCACCAUACUGCAGAUGUCCGGAGUACAGGACGAUCAGAUGGCCAUCUGGCUGGCUGCUGCCACAGCCUUCACCAACUUCCUGUUUACUCUAUUAGGCGUGUGGCUCGUGGAUAGGGUGGGCCGCAGGAAGCUGACUCUGGGAAGCUUACUAGGUACUGCUGCAAGUCUGAUGGUUCUCGCUACGGGUUUCCUGCUCUCGGCUCAGGCAUCUCCACCCGUGACCUUUCACCCCAAUGACCCCUCCCUCCACAACUCCACCUGCAUUACAUAUGGGUUUUGUGAAUCCUGCAUGUUGAAUCCAGAUUGUGGUUUCUGUUACGGGAAGAAUGGCACGGUGGUGAUUGAGACCUCGUGUAUGCCUGUAGACGCGGCCAACACUGAGGCAGCUGUAGCAGGCAGGUGUUCCAAUGGCACACAGGAGAGUUUAGGUGUAUUUUGGGCCUAUAACUACUGCCCAACAUCUUACUCCUGGAUUGUUCUGCUGGGUCUCAUUCUGUAUCUGGCCUUCUUUGCCCCAGGUAUGGGUCCUAUGCCGUGGACGGUGAACUCUGAGAUCUAUCCGCUGUGGGCUCGGAGCACAGGGAACGCCUGCUCUGCUGGAGUCAACUGGCUCUGUAACGUCCUUGUGUCUCUGACCUUCCUCCAUGUGGCCCAGAGCCUGACAUACUACGGUGUGUUCUUCCUGUACUCCGGUCUGGCUCUGCUGGGCUUUGUGUUUGUGUUGGGCUGUGUGCCGGAGACCAAGGGUCUGCGUCUGGAGGAGAUCGAGCCUUUGUUCGGGAGACAGCUGUGCAGCUUUGGAGCCGGCAGCACUCAGAGCGUUCAGUACACCCGGCCCCGUUUGGAGUUGGGAGCUCUGCACUGUGCGACUUUGGAACCAGAGAGCAGAAUUUCCUACAUAUCAGUGAGUAUCAGUGAUAUCAAGAGUGUUUCUUUUCCACACUGCAGAUAAGAUUACAUACAGCUUUAUCAUUUGUUUUUAUUUUUAUAAACUGGGGAACAAGUAAAAAUUAUUUUCUGCUGUAAUCGAAAGAUUUUAGUAGAGCUUCAAUCUAAUUUGUGUUGUGUGAAGAAAUGCAAAAUUUUAUUAGUAUUUUUAUUUUUUAUUUUUUCUGCUGCAGUUGCAGUAAUGAUGACCUUGUAUGUGGACUUGGAGAUUAAUUUUAUGGAAAUAAUCAAACUGUAGAAUCACAUGAUGAUUUUACAUUAUAAAGCAGCUUCAUUUGUGAUGUGAGUUUUCUACUUAUUUAGUAGUUUUGAUAUCUUUUUUCUGGCACUACACUCUAAACAUUUAUGAACCUAAUGAUACAGAUAUUAUAGUUAAGAAAGUAUAAGUAAGAUUAUUAGAGUAUGUUUAAAAAACAACAACAACAAAAAAACUUUCAGCUUUUCUACUUAAAUCAGUGUGUUGCUUGCUGUUUCUUUGUAAUUGUAACUAUUUAGUUUUUCAGUGUACUGUUCUCAUUACUUCUGAUUCUGUGUUCUCGGUAAUAAACUGUCAAUCAUCAAGGCAGUUCAGUCACAUUGUAUGUUUAGAUGUUGUUUCUGAGAAGACUCUAUGAAGCUGAAAUUGCUGCUGACAACUGUAUUUGUAUACUGUUGUGUGCUAUAUUUGUACAUUUUCAGAUGAAUAAAGGUUUCUGAAUGGUU